AUGUUUUGGAUAAACGACAGCGAAGUGAAUUACACAGAAUUUAAUUUCAGCGAUUACAUCCCUUAUUCGGAGCGACCGGAAACUUAUAUAGUACCAGUAGUGCUUGUUAUAGUGUUCUUAGUAGGCACGCUUGGAAAUGGUACACUGCUUUACAUAUUUAUGAAAAAUAAAUCGAUGAGGAAUGUUCCUAACAUGUUUAUCAUCAGCCUCUCCAUUGGUGACUUGAUCGUUAUCAUAGGAUCCGUUCCAUUCAUAGGGACCGUGUACAUCGUAGAGAGUUGGCCUUACGGUGAGUUGAUCUGCAAACUUAGCGAAUUUCUAAAGGAUGUGUCAGUUGGAGUAACGGUAUUAACCUUGACAGUGCUUAGCAUCGAUCGCUAUCUAGCCACUGUGGUGCCGAUGCAGAAGUAUAAAAAUCCUCAUUCCAAAUACUCCACGUUCUUCAUCACAGUAGGAAUCUGGUGCGCUUCUAUAGGUCUAGCCAUUCCUGGAGCGCAUUACUCGUAUAUAUUACACCUAAAAGGCCGUGGUAAAUUCAUAAACGUAUGCUAUCCUUUCCCGUUACAUCUCAUGUUAUGGUACCCACGCACCAUAGUUCUUGUGAAGUUUUUUCUAUUAUAUACCCUCCCUCUCAUCAUAAUAGGUACUUUCUACGUAUUUAUGGCACGCCAUUUGUUACUGAGUUUACGUAACAAUAUCGGGCAGAACGAUAGCCACAUAAAGCACAUGAGAGCCAGAUCCAAAGUGGCUCGCAUCGUACUGGCUCUGGUUAUCGUUUUUGCCAUCUGUUUCUUCCCAAACCACGUGUUCAUGCUGUGGUUCUACUUCCAUCCUAAUUCUUUAAGUCUAUACAACGAAUUCUGGAACACAUGGAAGAUCUGCAGCUACGUGCUGACAUUCGUUAAUAGUUGCAUGAAUCCUAUAACACUUUGCAUGAUUAGUGGGGUGUUCAGAAGUUACUUCAGAAAGUACCUCUUUUGUUGCUGCUGUCCUGUUAAGAAGAAGAAGAGAUUUAUACAUUUUGGUACCAAAUCUUCUUCUAGAAGCAACUCUCGUCUUACCACAUCCACACGUCUGUGAUUCUGGGAGAGUUUUCUUCUUUUAUAUAUUAUUUAUUUAUAAAGAAAUUAAAUUUGCAUAUUAAAACACGGAGAAAUUUUUCCAGAUAAUGGCAAUGUCCAUAAAGAAACUACGCAAAAAAUAAAAAUAAAAAGCAAAAUCUGCUUGAAAAAUUUAAAUAAACGAUUUUCUUUCUUAUUAUUAAUGC